AUGUGCCGGCUCGGUGCAGACAGAGGUUGUAAACAUGGCGGCGGACGGGAUGGUGCUCACUAACCACGACCAUCAGACCCGAGUGGGGAUCCUGACAGUUAGUGACAGCUGCUACAGGAACCUGGCUGAGGACAGGAGCGGGGUCAACCUGAAGGACCUGGUGCAUGAUCCCUCACUGCUCGGAGGAGUCAUAUCAGCCUACAAGAUAGUCCCAGAUGAGAUCGAUGAAAUUAAGGACACUCUGUUGGAGUGGUGUGAUGAUCUGGAGCUGAAUCUCAUUCUGACGACCGGAGGAACUGGCUUUGCACCACGAGAUGUUACACCUGAGGCCACCAGAGAGGUGAUCGAGCGCGAGGCUCCGGGGAUGGCUCUGGCCAUGCUGAUGGGAUCACUCAACGUUACACCCCUCGGCAUGCUGUCCAGGCCCGUGUGUGGUAUCCGUGGUAAAACGCUGAUCAUCAACCUGCCGGGGAGCAAGAAGGGCUCUCAGGAGUGUUUCCAGUUCAUCCUGCCGGCCCUGCCUCAUGCCAUCGACCUGCUGCGUGAGGCCACAGUCAGGGUUAAAUCCACGCACGCCGCUCUGGAGCAGCUGCCCUCCCCUUCCUCUCUCAUGGGCAACACGCUCGGCAACGCACACUCCAACAUGCACACCAUGGAGCGCGCCACCCAGUGCGAGGAAGAGGAGGAGGAGGAGGAGGACAGGAGGAGAGGCCGCCAUGCGCACAACCACCACCAUCACCAGCAUGGCUCCUCCCGCAUCACCGCAGCCGCCAUUGCUGCCAAGACGAGCCAUGCUGUUGUCAUGGCCAAGGGUGCCCCCUACCUGCCCGGGAACACACCAGCCCCUCCCACUCAUUUCACAUGCUCCUGUACCCAUGACUCUCAGAUCCCGGACUCUAUCAUUUCCCGAGGCGUUCAGGUGCUUCCUCGAGAUUCGGCCUCUUUAAGCUCCACCCCCUCCGAGUCACCGCGGGCAACACAGGCGACUUCCCGCCUUUCCACCGCCUCAUGCCCGACACCCAAGGUUCAGUCACGAUGUGGCAGUAAUGAGAACAUCCUGAGAGCCAGCCACAGUGCGGUGGACAUCAGUAAAGUUGCACGUCGUCAUCGUAUGUCUCCGUUCCCAUUGACGUCAAUGGACAAAGCCUUCAUCACCGUUCUAGAGAUGACGCCUAUUCUGGGAAUUGAAGUCAUUAACUACAGAGACGGUUUGGGUCGAGUUCUCGCUCAGGACAUCUAUGCCAAAGAUAACCUUCCUCCGUUUCCUGCCUCUGUUAAAGACGGCUACGCUGUACGAGCUGCUGAUGGCCCAGGAGACCGCUUCAUCAUGGGAGAAUCACAGGCUGGACAACAGCCCACCCAUACUGUGAUGCCAGGUCAGGUGAUGAGGGUGACGACUGGGGCUCCGAUUCCUUGUGGAGCCGACGCUGUGGUCCAAGUGGAAGAUACCGAGCUGCUGCGAGAGUCUGAGGAUGGCACAGAGGAGCUGGAGGUCAGGAUCAUGGUCCAGGCUCGACCCGGUCAGGACAUCAGGCCGAUAGGUCACGACAUCAGACGAGGGGAGUGUGUGCUGGCUAAAGGAACACACAUGGGCCCCUCUGAGAUCGGCCUGCUGGCUACAGUGGGAGUGACCGAGGUCAGCGUGCACAAGUUCCCCGUGGUGGCUGUCAUGUCCACUGGAAAUGAGUUGUUGAAUCCAGAGGACGACCUCCACCCGGGCAAAAUCAGAGACUCCAACCGCUCCACUCUGCUGUCCACAAUCCAGGAACACGGAUAUCCCACCAUCAAUCUGGGCAUCGUCGGAGACAACCCUGAUGACCUGCUGUCCGCUCUCCACGAGGGAAUCAGCCGCGCUGAUGUCAUCAUCACCUCAGGGGGCGUGUCCAUGGGAGAGAAGGACUACCUGAAGCAGGUGCUGGAUAUCGAUCUUCAUGCCCAGAUUCACUUUGGACGAGUCUUUAUGAAACCAGGUCUUCCUACUACCUUCGCCACAGCUGACAUCGACGGAGCACGGAAACUCAUCUUUGCCCUGCCAGGUAACCCAGUGUCUGCAGUGGUGACGUGUAACCUGUUUGUGAUUCCUGCUCUGAGAAAAAUGCAAGGCAUACUGGACCCGAGACCUACGAUUAUUAAAGCUAGGCUUUCCUGUGACGUGAAGCUGGAUCCAAGACCAGAGUACCACCGCUGUAUUCUCACCUGGCAUCACCAGGAGCCCCUGCCCUGGGCACAAAGCACAGGUAACCAGGUAUCCAGCAGACUAAUGUCGAUGCGUAGUGCCAACGGUCUGCUGAUGUUACCUCCUAAAACAGAGCAGUAUGUGGAGCUGCACAAAGGAGAGGUCGUGGACGUCAUGGUCAUCGGACGGCUAUGAUGCAGACUUCAACGUCACUCGCUACCGAUUACCAUGGCAGUGCCAGGACUUCCUGUCUGGACAGGAAACGGGCGGGGGCAGGAAGUGGUGCAUGUCUACCUGGUCGCCAUUAGCUGUGAUGUCAUAUGCAACAGCCAAUCGGAGCCAGCGAAGGCUGAAUCCUCAUUGGUCUGCUUUGGGGAGAUCACUGUAUUUCAAUGGAGAAAAAAAUGUGAAAAAAAUAUAUAAAAUAUGAGAUUUAUUCUGUAAUAUUAUUAUUAUCCUGAUGAUAAUGAUUAUUAAUAUUCUUAAUUAAUAUUCUAUUUAUUAUUAUUAUCAUGGUUCUGAUUGAAUAUUAUCAUCUUAGUAGUAAUCAUGCCCUCUUCUCCCCUGUUCAUUUGCUUUGUGCGUUUGACAUUUUUCCCGGUAGAUAUAGAGAAAUAGAGGCUUUCCCUCCUUCCUCCACUCCUCCUCACCUUCUCUCCUCCCUUCUUUCUCUCUACUUCUUCUUCUUCUUCUUCUUCUUUUCGAUAUAGAAACUUCCUGAUUACCUCUCCUUGCACUACCACUACAUCUGCUCCUGAUCCACACUGACCCUUACAUCAGUAUUGACAGAUAUAUAUGAACUAAAGACUUUUAAAGAUAUCUUUUGAUCAAAGCUGCUGAUAUAGUUUGUGCCAGUGCAGAAAAUAUUACCCCACUUUGGGGAAAAAAAAGAAGAAAAUACAAAGAGAACUGUUUUUUUUCUUUAUUGUUUUAAGAUGUUAAACUUUCAAACCAUCCUGAGACACUUAAACUCAUCAUAACUCUCAAUGAAAGCCAUUCAACUCUUGAAGGUGGGUCAUACUGGAGUGAUUCCUCUGCAUCAAAUAUUACUGCUGUUAUUAAAAAUACGAUGAUUUCAUAUCAGAGACGGGACGCUGAUUGACUGGUACAACUCUAACUCUGCAUUUAAGUGCUGUUUGUUCACGGUUUACACCAUGAAACGCGGUCAACACUUGUUAUACUUGGGCGUCUUUUGUAAAUGUGCCAUUUCCAACAUUUUACUACUAUAAGGGAUAACGCUUGUGAUAUUUUAUAUUUCUCUUUGACUCAGAUCCCAUUAAAUGACCAGAAACAUUACCUGUGUUUUAACACUCCUGAUUUUAAAGAGGUCACAGCCAAUUGCUCCUCUCCUUAUAGACUCUAUGCUAAGCAAAGCCAAGUAGAUGCUUUCUGUAGCUUCAAAUUCAGUUUUUAGGAACUGGACGAGAAAGAAAAAGCUUCAUUUUAAUGUCAUUACUUUGCAUUACUCGUUAUUUCCUUUAGGUUUUUGGCAAACAUCGGUCAAACAAAUGAUUACACAUUUGGUGCUCCUGUAAAUAUUUCUAGGAGUGCCGUAUGUCGAAUCAAAAUAUCAAAAUCUUGCCACAGCAUCAUCUCCAGUUUUGCAGAUUUCUCUUUAACCUCUCUUUACUUCUCUCCUCUGUGUUCAUCUUUCCCUCAGUUUCCCCCUGAUGUCAACAAACAGACUAACGGUACAUGAUGUGAUCACAGCCGUGUGAUAAACAAGCUCUAUAAGACUUGAAAGACGCACAAUUGAAGUCUGUAUAACCUAUUGUUUUUGGUCCUUUGAUGGGAUUUUUUAAAAGUUAAAAUCAUAAAAUAUCAUCAGCUUUAUACUUUUAGUAGCCAAAGAUUAAUGACUCUACCUUCAUGGCCAAUCACACGUCUUCAUCUUUUUUUCAAAUCAACAAAUGAAGGAAAAUGUUGUUCGAUCGAGCUGUGAAAAAACUUCCAACUCAACAUCUCUUGAAGGCAGGGUGUUGCGUUCAGGUGCUCGUAAACUACACAGCUGGAAUCUUUCUACCAUGACAGUGUAAAGGUGCUUGUUAAUGUCAAAGAAAAAAAAAACAUGUGACUGCUUCUCUCUCAAUGUGCUGUACGUAGUCAGAGCUACACGGAGACAUAUAGAAAACCUUAGGCUGAGUUUACUGUUAGCAUUAACAAGCUAGUAUGCUAAUGUUAUCCUGCUGAUUAAACACCAAACUGAAAUUGUUUACCGAUUAACAAGGACCAUUCAAAUGCAUCAAAUGCAAUCUGUGAUUCCUGAGCAUUCACCAAUGCACCAUACCUUAACUCCUCAUGACCCUCUGAUUCUUCCUGUCAGUGUGAUCAGUGCCAAACAAACCCACACAGUCAAAGAUUCAUGCUGCCUUCAGGUCACAAAGGAAAGACUGGUACCUAUUUGAAAUUAUUUUUAUGUUUGGACACAAUAGAGUCGACAUACUAGAGAUGUUUGGUAGAUGUGGGUUGCACAUGAUUAUCCUCCCCUAGAGUUAACUUCCAGAUCUGAUGCUCAUGUGCCCUACAUUUCCUUUGUGACUUGAAUGCAGCACCAGCCAGACCUUCUGAUCUUUGACCCCUCUCCUGAUAGGCUGAUACAGUCUUCCUACACACCUUCCAACAUUUCUACCCACCCCUCUCAUCCUCCUCUCUUCCUCCCCUCCUCCUCCUCCUCCUCCUCCUCCUCCUCCUCCACUCUUGCAUGCCCAUGAAAGGGGGGCGUGUCUUUCUCUUUGGGCAGGUGUCUCUCCCAGGCGUGAGACCAGAGGUGCAGCACCUGGGCGGGGUCUUCUGAUCUGACGAAGUGAUGUUUAAAUCAGUUCAUGUGUGAUUGUUGGUGGGUAAGAGGAAGUGUUCAAAGUCUAGGCUUCUGGUACCAACACUGUCCUCUUGUUCAUUCCACUGGAGCGGAUGUCAGAAACUUCCCAGUUACCUCAAAUGCACCGUGAAACUAUCAAUCAGUGGCUCAUGCUGUGUUCAAGUCAUGCAGGAGAAUGCAGAAAGUUUAAAGGUGGAAAAUCCCGUGUUUAAAUGGAUACAAAGAAGCAGUUUUAUGUUUUCAGAUGCUCUUAUUUAUGACUUGAAUGCAGCAUGAGAACAUGUCCUGGCGCCUGCCCAAGGAGAACCAGUCAAACCCAGAUAGAUCCAUUUGAGUGAGAAGAAGCAGGUUAUUGUUAAACUGCCUUUGUACUGAGUGAUUCGUAACACUGGACUGAACUCAGUGUCACACUGCACACACUAUAAACUAUGACCAGCACUUGUAAUGAAGCAAUGACACAGCAUUCUACUACUACUGUAAAAAUAUAAUGAAGAGGAUGUUUUUUUCUGUAAUGAUAUUAUUGAAACUGAAGAUGAAUUAAUAAAAAUAAUCCUGAUUAUUCUGUA